AUGAAUGGUUCUGCUAAUGGUGGUAUAAGUCACGGUGAUAGUGAAUGGUUUCAACCUAUUCCCAUUGAAGAAUUUCAAAAAAUUAAUCAAUUAUCAAGAGAAAAUGUUCCAAAAUCAAGACCAAUUGAUGAUACUGAUAAGUUUGGUAGUCAUUUGAUUACUUGUGGACCAAUUUUAAGAUUAAGUGGAACAUUAGAGAAUCAAAAUAAUUAUAGAGGUUCAAUUAUGUUGGUCACAAAAGAUUCACCUGAUGAAGCUCCACAAUUAACUUUUAAAAUUGGGCCUAGCCAAAAAUCUACAAAUUCAAAUUUCAAAACUGGUGAAUUUUUGUCUACUAAAUAUUAUGAACAAAAUGGCUAUAAAUUCUUUAGAUAUGAAGUUAAUCUUGAAUUGGCUGAAGUUGAACAAAAAGUCGAAUAUUUCAUCAAUAAUAGUUUUAAAAAGAAUUUUCAAUUUUAUAUUCCAGCAGUUGAUGAAUCAAUGAAUGUAAUUUCCUUUUCAUGUAAUGGUUUUUCAUUAGCUUGUGAUGCAUCUGAAUACAAAUCAAGUUUAUGGUUGGAUGUUUUAGAUAAACAUAAAGAUCAACAUUAUCAUGUUAUGUUAGGUGGUGGUGAUCAAAUUUAUUGUGAUUCUAUAAAGUUACAUUCAAAAAAAUUACAAGAAUGGUUAAAAAUUAAAAAUCCACUCAAAAAAAGACAUGCACCUGCUGAAGCUAAUGUUAUUCAAGAAUUUGAAAGAUAUUAUUUACAACAUUAUAUGGAUUGGUUUGGUAAAGGUUAUUGGAAAGGUAAAAAUAGUUCAGUUUUAGAAUCUUUGUUUCCAAUUACAAUGUCUCAAAUUCCAAGUGUUAAUAUUUAUGAUGAUCAUGAUAUUAUUGAUGGUUUUGGUUCAUAUCAUGAUUCAACAAUGUCUGCACCAAUUUUUGCAUCUGUUGGUAAUGUUGCAUAUAAAUUUUACAUGUUAUUUCAACAUCAAAUGAAUCCAGAUGAAAAAGUUCAUUUAAACGAUCCUUCAUGGGUAUUAGGUCCAAAACCAGGGCCAUUUAUUAAGCAAAAAAAUCAUUCAGUUUUUAUGAAAUUGGGUAAAGAAAUUAGUUUAUUAGGUUUAGAUUGUAGAACUGAAAGAAAAUUGAAACAAAUUGUGUCUCCAGAUACAUAUAAAGUUGUAUUUGAUAGAUUAAAUAAAGAAAUUGAAACUCAAGGUGAUACAAAACAUUUAUUAGUAAUGUUGGGGGUACCAAUUUUUUAUCCUAGAUUAGUUUGGUUGGAAUGGUUAUUAACAUCAACUGUAUUAGCACCAUUAAGAAAAUUAGCAGCAAAAGGCGUUAUAAACAAAGGUUUGGUCAAUGAAUUCGACGGAGACGUCGAAGUCCUUGAUGACCUUAACGACCAUUGGUGCUCAAAAUACCACAAAGCUGAAAGAAAUAAAUUAAUUAGGGAUCUUGUUGAAUUUGGCUCUUCAAAAGGAAUCAGAAUCACCAUAUUAUCUGGUGAUGUCCAUUUGUGUUGUAUAGGUAGAAUCAAAUCAAAACUUCAUCAUCAUGAAACAACUCAUAAAUUGGUUAAAGGUGAUGAUAUUAAUGAAUUAAAUGAAAAAAUUUUAACUCAACCAGAAAAUGAUCCAAGUUUAAUUUUUAAUGUCAUUUCAUCAGCAAUUGUAAAUGCACCACCACCAGAUGCAAUGGCUACUUUAUUAAAUUCAAGAUCAGGUAUUCAUAGAUUUACUUCUAAAAUUGAGGAAGAUAUUGUUCCUAUUUUUCAAGAUUAUUCAAAUCAUCAAUUUUUAAAUAAAAGAAAUUGGUCUGAUUUAAUACUUGCAAAACAAUCAGUAUUAUAUAGAAAUGAUGUUGAUAAGGGAAUUACUAAAUAUCCACAACCUUUAAUCGUAGAUUUUAAGAUUGAUGAAAAAAUUGAUAAAGUUGAUGAUAGACAUAUUAAAUAUCCUUUAUAUGAUGAUUCAUUAGUUACAACAAUUAGAGUUGAAAAAGAUAAAGAUAAUUUAAAAAGUGAGUCUGUUGGUUAUGAAGUUUUAAUUCCAAGAUUAGAAAAAGCUCAAAAGAUUAAAGUAUCUCAUAUUAAGCAUGUUGAUAUUUGA